AUGUUUACAUAUAAAAAGGGAGAUGAACCUAUUUCAAGAGAAAAAGAUUACUUUCCAUCAUUCUUUGAUGCGAAAUUUGAAGUCCAACAAUUUCAGAAGAUGGGCCGAAAUCUUCCGCUAAACAAUACGAGUACUCCAAAGCCGAAUUAUGCUCCUCUUCCACCCUUACCAAAGAUGACUCCAUCAACCUCAACAAUGUCCAAAUAGAGUCGAAUCAAAGAAGGGAUUGUCGAAUACCACUAAUAAAAUACCAAAUAAGAAUCAGAGAUAUAGGACUCCUGAACAAAUAGAUAGCAUAAAACGAGACAAUAUGACUCUAAGCGGUGGUCAAUACUCGUUCCAAACCAGUACUUCUCAAAGCUCAAUUGCAUCUAAAGGCCCUGCUUUCAGCUCCAGUGUAAACUCUUACUCCAGACUUUUCCGGAAUUCCUUCAGCAAGAGUCUUAAACUUGACCUAAGAUCCCUAAAAUCUUUGAAAAAGGAAGACCAGUUCAAACAGUAUUUGGCUGAAGCCGAUGUUGAAGAUAAGACGAACAAAUACUUCUACUCUAAAUUUGCAGAUAUCUAUGACAACGAGAAGAGGAGGAGGUUUAACAAAAAAUUCAAGCAUGACCAGGCUGCAUGUGACCGCUAUGAAUACCUCCUAGAAGUCAAGCGGAAUAGGAAGAUAAGCCAGGUCAAGAAUACCUUCGUGGGGACUAAGAAUAGACUAGUCGACCUUAGCAUCAAAGCCCUCAGGGAGAAGAUAGAUUCAGAGAAGGAGGAUAGGAAGAAAGCCUUCACUCAUUAUCUCAAUGAUGUAGCGAAAAAGAAGGUUAAAUAGAAUGAAGAUCCAAAGAAUUCAAAGAAAUGUGUUUGAGAAGCGAAGAGAAAGAAAGCACCAGUUUAUCAUAAGGGGUAAAAGUUUUAUCAUGAGAACAAGGCCAGACUAGUA